CGGUUGCACGUGCACAGCCACAGGUGACGUCGUACCGAGCUCCACGUACUCGUACCCUGAUCGUCUGAACUUCAUGAACUCCAUUAUCUGAAUCAAAUUCCUACCUACUUAAAAGUUCAGACUUGCAGAUUAUUCGUACUGUUUAUUUUUCAAGCAUAGCGCCAUGACAACUCUACCAUAUGCAGCAGACGCAGAGAGCCCGCUCAAGCCGUCUGAGCUACAGGUCCUCCGAGCACAAUACGAAAAAGAAGGCGAAUACGUCGGCGUCCAAACAAAAUUCAACUAUGCAUGGGGCCUCAUAAAAUCCAAUCAGCGCACCGAGCAGCAAACCGGCGUCCGCCUCCUCUCAGACAUCUUCCGCGACUCGGCAGAGCGCCGCCGAGAAUGCCUCUACUACAUCGCCCUCGGCAACUACAAACUAGGCAACUACGCAGAGGCGAGGCGGCAUAAUGAUUUAUUGCUCGACAAGGAGCCGACGAAUAUGCAGGCGGGAAGUCUGAGGGCUUUGAUUGAUGACAAGGUUGCGAAGGAGGGGCUUAUGGGGGUUGCUAUUUUGAGCGGGGUGGCUGUUGCUGCUGGUAUUGUUGGAGGAAUGAUCUUUAGAGGGGUUGCGAGGAAGAGAUGAAGCGUGGGCAAGGUUAUGUUUGUCUGGGAUGCCGAAGAGCAGUUGGGACGUAAUGACAGCAGUGCUCUUGAUAGGCUUGUAUGAUGUAGAUUUGGAAUGCGGGUUUCCGAUUGCGAAGGAUUAAAUUCUAUCUUGUCUCUACUUCUAAAAAUAAGCUCC